GGGAGAUUCUAGUCCACGGGUAAGUGUGUCAAAAGCUGUAGCAGGUAAAGGAGAUGCUAGUGCACGUGCAGACACGGCUGUUGCGGAACACCUAGUUCACGGCAACGAUAUGAUAGCACGACUUCAAGGCCUUAGCGUUGCUGAAUCAACGCCCUCUGGAGGAGUACAUGAGCAAGCGGGGCAUCAUCUUUCUGGAGGAGAUGGUCCUAAAUUACUGCGCUAUGAUGUCAAUUCACGUGGGAUAUUGCCAUUGAAAGAUGGAAAUCAAGGAAAAGGAGGAACGAAGGAGCCAAACAAGGGUAUAGGAGUUCACAAUACUAGAGGAGAGGAACCGGCUCCAGUGCCAAUUACAUCUGUCGGAGAGCAUGAAGAUGGGACUUCUUCUAGAGAUAACAGCUGGUUGCCUGUGUUACGACUACCUCCACUGCGGUCUGCACCUAACUCGCCUACUGAAAGAAGUGACGUCAAAACUGCACAAGUUCUCACAGCAAAUGGAACCAAGAAAACGACCGUACAGCAACUAGUACAAGCUAAUCAUGGUUGUAUAACAUCAAAAGCACAACAACAAAUAGUAGUAGAAACUGAAAAGAAUCAUGUUGGUACAAGUGCAACUACAACAUCAAAUCCAGGAAUGAAAAUGAAUAGAGAUGUUCAUGUUGCUGCAGCUGGAUCACUGGAGGCUUCUCCCCCAAUACAGGAACUAUCACCUUCUCCUAUGUUUAACCGACAAAGAAAAUUCGUACGUUUUGUUAAGGCAACCAAGAGAGCAUCCUGCUUAGCAUCAUCCGACCUUGGUGCUUUUUCUAUAGUUGAAAAAGAAGCACCUUCCAAGGAUAGCAUUGCUCUCACAAGGAUGAACAAGGGGAGCACAUUCCAAGGAUACUAUUACUCUCACAAGGAUGAACACCCAAGGAUAAAAAUGCUCUCAAGGGAGAUGGUAACGCGGUAGCUCUAAUUUUGACUUGUCAGAAGUUGGUCUGUACGAUCCUCGGGAAGACGACAUCAGCAACCGAGAGAGGUCGCCACAACGCUCACAGAAACCGGGAAUUAAGGCUUGCCCUUAUCCAUCUUCUGCGGCAUCCUGAAGAGGCAUUUCAAGGGAAAAAAGCACCCAGGAUGCGCCUCAAGAUGGAUAAGGGUGAGCUCUAAGGGAAGGCAAAGCAGGUCGUUUGAGCAAUUGCUAUCAGGCAUUGAUCUUGGAGAUGAGGCAGUGGAGGAGAUCGGAGGAGGAGCGCCGUUUUCUGAAUAUAAUCCUGGUGGAGCUUCUUCUUCAUCUACUGGUUUUACAGCUUCUCAUUUAGUUGCAAAAAUCCAUUCAGCAGCUGCAAAAAACCAUACGCAUGACUCCCCAGCUGGAAGAACACAUGACGCUCUUUUCUUAAGGGUUACUUACCUCCUUUAUUAAGGGUUCUUCACUACCAUCCUUGACCUGUUUCCCAGUAGGAAAGGGGUCAGGGAUGGCCUGAAGAGUGCAAUGGCGCAGCCUCUAACUUUGCCCAGUAGGGUUCUCAACACGAACGGCAGUUUCUUUCUCCCUACUGGCGGAAACGGAGAGGAUCUAAGCUUGCCAGUUCAAAGACAGCGAGAACUAAGCUCGUUCGCUUCCCUGUUUGCAUCAAACAGUGAAGCACUCUUACUAGAACGAGAUGCCGAAGCACUUGUACUAGAACGAGAUGAUCUACCGCGAGAUGAUCUACAACGAGAUGGAGAUCAGAAGGACCAGCAGGCGGACACUUCUCAGGACCUGGAUCUAUCUUCUAAAGUUGUGGCUCCAUUUGUUGAUGAGGUAUUUGGCUGGAGUGGACGUGGUGCAUCGUCUCACCAGGAGAGUCGGACUGGUGGUUCACGAACCGAAGCAGACGCGAGAACACGUGAUCAAGAUCAAUUUUUCGAAGCCGUCCGUGAUAAACUUGUGCAUCAAAGAACUUCUGAGGAGACAAAGGACGGCGAAUCACACGCUAUGACAACAGCAGACCCUCCUUGUCUCGGUACAGAACAAACUACGACAUGUCCGGACGAGCCUCUGAGUCCAGAUACAUAUUCUACGAGGAAGAAAAGAAUCGCCAAACGCGAAUGCUCGAAGAUGAAAGGGAGUAAACGUAACAUGCCGUCCAUGCCUGAGCAUAGUCCUAGGACAAAACUAACUGACAGCUGGGAAGUGGAUGCAGGAUCAAAGGGAAAGCAAGAGGCAGCAGCCAGUUCCGGAAGUACAACUGACGGUAGUGGUGCCUCAAAAGCAUCAGCCAGAGCCACGGAUAUAUUGGCAGAAGCAAAAACAAUGGCAGCUAAAGCUACUGCUGCCAAAGCUACAACAGCAUCAGCAUCCAGUAAGGGGAGAAGCUAUGGCAUAGCUGCUAGUACCACUCCCCUCAAAACACCUACGCGUGAUAAAAAACCGUCACCGCCUCUAGUUAUUCCGUCACCGGGUGUGGAUGCAAAUAAUGUUGUCGAUCGUGCUGUUAGAUGUAUGAGACCAACGCCGACGAGAGCGUCAUCUCCGACUUCUGAUUUCAUCGGAACAGGUGCUCCUGGUAGUCCUUCGAGGAGGUCUGUCGUCGAUCGCGCUGCAUCUAGUAGCACGCAUCUAGUAGUAUCUUGUUCCGCUUCUUCUCCACACGAACGGCCUAUUAAUAAGGGAGUAGGAUCCUCAUCCGCUUCUUCUCCACAUAAUAUUCGUGUGGGAGGAUCACCAGGAUCACCAGCCAUGUCACCGUCCGCAACGCCUCCUAUUAAGGAUUCCGACAUUCGUCCCUGAUCUUUCACUAACAUCCCUGUUUCCAAUUUGAGAAAGAACUCAGGGAUGUUCUGAAGAGUGCAAUGGCGGAAUGUCUAAUCAUGGAACAAAGUCUCCUCAGCAACACUUCACGCCUCCUGCUCAUCUUCUUGCUGGUAACCUGAUGGUCAUGCAACGAGGAGCAGCUUGUACACCAGGCUUAGCUUCUGGUGGUCGUGGAUUUCCUGCUACCACCUCCCAGAUGGGACAAAUCCCGCAACUUAAAGCUGGAGGAGGAGCAACGACCUCAACAUCACGUCAAGCAGGAGUUCAACAUUUGACUUUGAGGGGUAGCAGUGCUAGUAGCACUAGUAAUAAAACUAAUUCUUGUAAUUCUCCUAUCCGAGGAAGUAAUUCUCCUAGCAUGAUGUCUGAAGGCCAUUCUCCUGCUUCUUGUAUUUAAGGGUGCCCAGUACCAAAUUAGAUUCUCCAGUACUAGACCCUCCUUAGCUCCUCUUUUCCUAGUAGAAAAGAAGGUGGGGAUCUUUGUUCUGAGGAAUGUAAUUCCGUGAGCUCUAAUGCAUAUCGCCUUUUGGUGAGAGGUCGCCUGUCGCUGGCUCAGGUUUCCUCCCCCCAAUGUCGUCUCCGACUUCGGGUUGUGAUAUAGGGCAUGCGCCUGUAGAACAGCAACAUCAAUACCGUAAAGAAUCCUCGAGUACUGCUCCUGCAGCACAACCUCGUGAACGUGAGCAGUCUAGUGCUAGUAUCUCCCCUACUAAUAUCUCACAAGUUGGAGGAGCACCAAAAACAAUCUCACAACACGUUGAACCUCGGCAAGGGUCCUUGAAUGUAUUGCAACAGCAAAGCAUAAGUAGGAAAAGGGGGUCAGUUCUUCCAGUUCAACCUAGGAACCAUUUGGGUGGACCUAGAGGACUUAUUCCUCCUAAGUAUGCAGGAGGCGAUGCUGCGAGGAGAACAGUAAGCCCUGCAGCAAGCCCUUGUCCCUUCCCCUUUGGUGUGUUUGCACCAUCCGGCGUGGAAGACGAUCCACUCUCAGACACGUCAUUUUAUGAAACGAAAAUCUGUUCUCAUUUUCAAGCUUAUCAAGUUUAGAAAAGAGUGUUGAGGAUGAUGACAGAUUUCGGCUUCAUACAUUUCGUGGAUUUUAUACUAGUGCUGGUCCUUGGACGCGCAAAACUGAUGUCCCAGGGAGCGAGCAGCAACAUGCAGAAGCGCAUCCCUUCAUCAUGAAGCCUGGUGGUACGAGUGGUGGUCCCACUACUCCCACUACUACGUUUACUACAUCAAAGCCCUCUACGGCUGUGAUAAAAGCCUAUCAAGGAGGACCUCCGUCUAGUGCACCAGCCGCGUCACUUAAUACAACUGGAGGUGCCCUUCUGCAUUUCCACGGACGUGCAACUCCAGAAACAGCGACCACAAGCUCUGAUGAUCUUCCUGACGAUAAUAUUAACUCCCUUGGCGUCGCUGGUCGCGCUUAUCCUAUGGUCCAAGGUCCUGGUCGAGGAGGUGGACCUCGCAUUAUAGAUACUAGAAGGGACGAUAUGCGUGAGCAACCACGUGUUCUGCCUGGAUUCGGAUCCACAUCGGUAAGCAGCCGCAUCAAGGGAAGGCGGGCUUCCAUUUAAUAGUCGUGAUUUCUCAAACAGAAAUUUUUCGCUGUUUGAAUGAAUCCAUGUUGUUACAGCGUUACAUUGAAUCCAUGUUUCAACGUUGAGCCUUUGAAAUCACCCAUAUUGAUUUUUGAUGCUCAAGGAAUGUGACCCUACUCUUACGUAGCUCAUUAAUAUUGACGGGUGAAUGUCAAUCCACUUUUUAUCACGCAUGCAAUCAGCAUCAAGAAAAGGUAAGUACAAAUGAUAAUGCGAACAGCGAACAUCAUUACACUGUUGAGUAUAAGAAACGCAUCUACUUCACUUUUCACACUUGUUCAUGUUGCCAUCCUCGUCCUCGAGUGGACAAUUUUCAGUUUGCUCCAGUCUUCUCUCUUCGACAGAUGUGAUUUUGAUCUCGUCCUUUCACCAUCUGCAUUCUGGUUUGCAAACGCAUAAGGGACGCAAAAAGUUUCCUGUCAAAAAGAUCAGUGUGGUCGUGAAGUACAAGUACUCCUUGGCC